GAAGACUCAGACAGAUACCACUUACACAAGUACCACUUAAACAGGUACCAAUUAGACAGGGUAGAACUUAUACAGGUACGACUUAUACAGGUAGAACUUAUACAGGUACCACUUAGACAGACACCACUUACACAUGUACCACUGAGACAGGUACCACUUACACAGGUACCACUUACACAGCUACCACUUACACAGGUAGAACUUAUACAGGUACCACUUACACAGGUACCACUUACACAGGUAGAACUUAUACAGGUACUACUUAGACAGGUACCACUUAGACAGGUAGCACUCAGACAGGAAGCACUACGACAGAUACCUCUUACACAGGUACCACUUACACAGGUACCACUUACACAGGUACCACUUACACAGGUACCACUUACACAGGUAGAACUUAUACAGGUACCACUUAGACAGAUACCACAUACACAGGUUACACUUACACAGGUACCACUUACACAGGUACCACUUAAACAGGUACCACUUAGACAGGUACCACUUAGACAGGUAGAACUUAUACAGGUACCAUUGAGACAGGUACCACUUAGACAG